AUGGCUGCUCUCAACAAGAUCGCGCCCAACAGCCCUUCCCGGCAAAAUCCUUCCGAGCUCGAGACCUCCCUCGCAGGUGCUCUCUCAGAUCUGGAGACCAACACCCCCGAUCUGAAGGCCGCCCUCAGGCCUUUGCAGUUUGUCUCUGCUCGUGAGAUCGAAGUCGGUCACGGAAAGAAGGCUAUUGUCAUCUUUGUCCCAGUCCCUCUUCUCCAAGGCUUCCACAAGGUCCAGCAACGUCUCACCCGUGAGCUCGAGAAAAAGUUUUCUGAUCGCCAUGUCCUAAUCCUCGCUUCCCGUCGCAUCCUGCCGCGCCCCAAGCGCUCCGCCCGCUCCCGCACUUCCCAGACCCAGAAGCGGCCCCGAUCCCGCACUCUCACCGCUGUCCACGAGGCAAUCCUCACCGACAUUGUCUACCCUGUUGAGAUCGUCGGCAAGCGUCUGCGAACAAAGGAGGACGGCACGAAAGUUCUCAAGGUCAUCCUGCACGAGAAGGAGCGAGGUGGUGUUGACCACCGCCUGGACGCAUAUGGCGAGGUUUACCGGAGAUUGACUGGCCGUGGUGUCAAAUUCGAUUUCCCUCAAAGCAGUGCUACAGAGUUUUAG